AUGAGGAUUAUCUGCAGACAGAUAGUCUUGUUAUUUUCUGGAUUUUGGGGACUCGCCAUGGGAGCCUUUCCGAGCAGCGUGCAAAUAGGUGGUCUCUUCAUCCGAAACACAGAUCAGGAAUACACUGCUUUUCGAUUAGCAAUUUUUCUUCAUAACACCAGCCCCAAUGCAUCAGAAGCUCCCUUUAAUUUGGUACCUCAUGUGGACAACAUUGAGACAGCCAACAGUUUCGCUGUAACAAAUGCUUUCUGUUCCCAGUAUUCUAGAGGAGUAUUUGCCAUUUUUGGACUCUAUGAUAAGAGGUCAGUACAUACCUUGACCUCAUUCUGCAGCGCCUUACACAUCUCCCUCAUCACACCAAGUUUCCCUACUGAGGGAGAGAGCCAGUUUGUGCUGCAGCUAAGGCCUUCCUUACGAGGAGCACUCUUGAGUCUGCUGGAUCACUAUGAAUGGAACUGUUUUGUCUUCCUGUAUGACACAGACAGGGGAUACUCGAUACUUCAAGCUAUCAUGGAAAAAGCAGGACAAAAUGGUUGGCAUGUCAGCGCUAUAUGUGUGGAAAAUUUUAAUGAUGUCAGCUAUAGGCAACUUCUAGAAGAGCUUGAUAGAAGACAAGAGAAGAAAUUUGUAAUAGACUGUGAGAUAGAGAGGCUUCAAAACAUAUUAGAACAGAUUGUGAGUGUUGGAAAGCAUGUUAAAGGCUACCAUUAUAUCAUUGCAAACUUGGGAUUCAAGGAUAUUUCUCUUGAGAGGUUUAUACAUGGUGGAGCCAAUGUUACAGGAUUCCAGUUAGUAGAUUUUAAUACACCUAUGGUAACCAAAUUAAUGGAUCGCUGGAAGAAACUAGAUCAGAGAGAAUAUCCAGGAUCUGAGACACCUCCAAAGUAUACGUCUGCUCUGACUUAUGAUGGAGUCCUUGUGAUGGCUGAAACAUUCCGAAGUCUUAGGAGACAGAAAAUUGAUAUUUCCAGGAGAGGAAAUGCUGGGGAUUGUCUGGCAAAUCCUGCUGCUCCAUGGGGUCAGGGGAUUGACAUGGAGAGGACGCUCAAACAGGUUCAAAUUCAAGGGCUGACAGGGAAUGUUCAGUUUGACCACUAUGGACGUAGGGUCAAUUACACAAUGGAUGUGUUUGAACUGAAGAGCACAGGACCUAGAAAGGUUGGGUACUGGAAUGAUAUGGAUAAAUUAGUCUUAAUUCAAGAUAUGCCCACUCUUGGCAAUGACACAGCAGCUAUUGAGAACAGAACAGUCGUUGUAACCACUAUUAUGGAAUCCCCAUAUGUUAUGUACAAGAAAAAUCAUGAAAUGUUUGAAGGAAAUGACAAGUAUGAAGGAUACUGUGUAGAUUUGGCAUCUGAAAUUGCAAAACACAUUGGUAUCAAGUAUAAAAUUGCCAUUGUCCCUGAUGGAAAAUAUGGAGCAAGGGAUGCAGACACAAAGAUCUGGAAUGGGAUGGUAGGGGAACUUGUUUAUGGGAAAGCAGAGAUUGCUAUUGCCCCUCUGACAAUCACUUUGGUCCGAGAGGAGGUCAUUGACUUCUCUAAGCCCUUCAUGAGUUUGGGCAUAUCUAUUAUGAUCAAAAAGCCUCAGAAAUCUAAACCAGGAGUGUUUUCCUUCUUGGAUCCUCUGGCCUAUGAGAUCUGGAUGUGCAUAGUCUUUGCCUACAUUGGUGUCAGCGUGGUCUUGUUCCUAGUUAGUAGGUUUAGUCCAUAUGAGUGGCACACAGAAGAGCCAGAAGAUGGAAAGGAAGGACCCAGCGACCAGCCUCCCAAUGAGUUUGGCAUCUUUAACAGCCUCUGGUUUUCCCUGGGUGCUUUUAUGCAGCAAGGAUGUGACAUUUCACCCAGAUCCCUCUCAGGUCGAAUUGUUGGAGGUGUUUGGUGGUUCUUUACACUCAUCAUUAUAUCAUCUUAUACUGCUAACCUCGCUGCUUUCCUGACUGUUGAAAGAAUGGUCUCCCCCAUAGAAAGUGCGGAAGACCUGGCCAAACAAACAGAAAUUGCCUAUGGAACAUUGGAUUCAGGAUCAACAAAAGAAUUCUUCAGAAGAUCAAAAAUAGCAGUAUAUGAAAAGAUGUGGACCUACAUGCGAUCAGCAGAGCCAUCAGUGUUCACUAGGACUACAGCUGAGGGAGUAGCUCGUGUCCGAAAAUCCAAGGGCAAAUUUGCCUUUCUCCUGGAGUCCACUAUGAAUGAAUACAUUGAGCAGCGAAAGCCAUGUGACACAAUGAAAGUGGGAGGAAAUCUGGAUUCGAAAGGCUAUGGAGUAGCAACACCCAAGGGUUCUUCAUUAAGAAAUGCUGUUAACCUCGCAGUUUUAAAACUGAAUGAACAAGGCCUCUUGGACAAAUUGAAAAACAAAUGGUGGUACGACAAAGGAGAAUGUGGCAGCGGGGGAGGUGACUCCAAGGACAAGACGAGUGCCUUGAGCCUGAGCAACGUAGCAGGCGUCUUCUACAUUCUGGUUGGCGGCUUGGGCUUGGCAAUGCUGGUGGCUUUGAUAGAGUUCUGUUACAAGUCCAGGGCAGAAGCGAAGAGAAUGAAGCUGACCUUUUCUGAAGCCAUAAGAAACAAAGCCAGAUUAUCCAUCACUGGGAGUGUAGGUGAAAAUGGCCGCGUCUUGACACCCGACUGCCCAAAGGCUGUACACACUGGAACUGCAAUUAGACAAAGUUCAGGAUUGGCUGUCAUUGCAUCAGAUCUACCAUAA